GCAAGAUGGAGGCCCGGUGCCCCUGCUGCAGCGGCAGCGGCAGCGGCGGAGGCGCAUCGCUGCUGCGCUGAAGAGGCGCCGGCGGCGGCAUGGCGUCGGUGGCGGCCUGGCUGCCGUUCGCCCGCGCGGCCGCCAUCGGCUGGGUGCCCAUCGCCAACAACCCGCUGCCGGCGCCGCCGGUGACGCGCGAGCGGCGGCGGCGCGAGGACGAGAAGUUCACCAUCAACGUGAGCGGGCGCCGGUUCGAGACGUGGCGCAACACGGUCGAGAAGUUUCCCGACACGCUGCUCGGCUCCAACGAGCGCGAGUUCUUCUUCGACGAGGAGGCACGCGAGUACUUCUUCGACCGGGACCCGGACAUAUUCCGGCACAUACUCAACUACUACCGCACGGGCAAGCUGCACUACCCGAAGCACGAGUGCCUGAUGGCCUACGACGAGGAGCUGGCCUUCUUCGGCAUCGUGCCGGAUGUGAUCGGCGACUGCUGCUACGAGGACUACAGGGACAGAAAGCGAGAGAACGCCGAGCGGAUGCUGGACGACAAACUUUCCGAGGGGAACGAGAACGCGCAACUGGCGCACUCCACCAUCAGGCAGCGCAUGUGGCGUGCCUUCGAGAACCCGCACACGGGUACGGCGGCCCUGGUGUUUUACUACGUCACGGGCUUCUUCAUCGCCGUCUCCGUGAUGGCGAACGUGGUGGAGACCAUUCCCUGCGGACACGACUCUCGAGCCGGCGGUAGCCGCUCGUGCGGCGAGAGCUACAAGGUGGCCUUCUUCUGCCUGGACACGGCCUGCGUGAUGAUCUUCACCGCCGAGUACCUGCUGCGACUGUACGCAGCCCCGAACCGCUGCAAAUUCAUGCGCUCCGUAAUGAGCAUCAUUGACGUUGUGGCUAUCAUGCCCUACUACAUAGGUCUCGGCAUCAAGGACAAUGACGACGUGUCCGGCGCGUUCGUCACCCUACGGGUGUUCCGCGUGUUCCGCAUCUUUAAGUUCUCGCGACACUCGCAGGGCUUGCGCAUCUUGGGCUACACGCUCAAGAGUUGCGCAUCUGAACUGGGCUUCCUCGUCUUCUCGCUUGCCAUGGCCAUCAUCAUCUUCGCUACGGUCAUGUUCUACGCCGAGAAGAACGUAAAGAGCACCACCUUCACCAGUAUACCGGCCGCCUUCUGGUACACCAUCGUCACCAUGACCACCCUAGGGUACGGGGACAUGGUACCCGACACGAUUACGGGCAAGAUCGUCGGAGGCGUGUGCUCCCUAAGCGGAGUACUUGUCAUUGCACUUCCUGUACCAGUCAUCGUGUCUAACUUCUCCCGCAUAUACCACCAAAGCCAGAGGGCUGACAAGAGGAAAGCCCAGAAGAAAGCCCGGAUGGCGCGAAUCCGCAUAGCCAAGGCGACCAGCGGCGCGGCGUUCGUGAGCAAAAAGAAAGCGGUGGAAGCGCGCCUGGCGGCCCAGGAGAGCGGCCAGGAUCUGGACGACAGCCCCGAGGACAUCUUCGAGCUGCAACACCACCACCUGCUGCGGUGUCUAGAAAAGACCACGGACCGGGAGUUCGUGGAGCUCGAGGUGCCCUACAACGGGCAACCGAACCGUCCAUCUUCGACACCGCCGCUGUCGCCAGUGCCGUCCGUGGGCUCGGAGGACAAGUCGCUGCUCCAGUCCUGCUGUGGCCGAAGGUGCUCCAAAAAGAAGUACCAGCAAGGUAGCGGCACCUCGGAUCAGGAGGAGGAGCUCAACGACAUCCAGGUGCGACUGCCGAACCGGACGCCCCCUAGCGACCACCAGCAGCAGCUGACACCUCCGCCACACCACGUCGUCACCAUGUCGCGGUCGAGUCUGAACAACCCGGCUCCGCUCGUGACCACAAUGACUUCCUCGCACGCUGGAGGUCCGCCGCUGGGCGUCACCACGGCUGUGGUCAACUACCCGCCGCCCGCGGUCGGCCCGUCCUCCGACAACGACACAAUGGGCGGGGGCGGCUGCUCCACGUCGCUAGGAGUGGGCGCGCCUUCCGGCGCCUCCGCCUCCGCAGCGAGUGGCGCUGCAGUCGCAAGUGGUGCUCAGAGCGGCGCUGCCAGCUCCGGCGGCCCCAUGGUUCGCAUUUCAACACUGUGAUGAAGAGAAAGGCUAUAAAUCCGUCAACACCAACAAAGACAGACAGAUACCGCGCAUGCACUCUCCCUCCGAAAGAAAAGGGGGGAACGACGUCGGUAUCCCUUGAAGCGAAAUGAAUCUUGCCGGCGGCUCGGGCGCAAACUGGCGAGGCAACUCGGCGAUCAUGCACUUCCCACUUCUGUGGCCGCCCUCACCGACAGGGCGACCGCAAGAGUGACACUCCCUCCUCCGCACACCGGCGGCAAAAAAAAAACCGCGUUUCCGACGCUCCUGUGCCACUGUUUGUCACGAUAAGCGAGGCUGGGCCUCCCCAUUCCACGCUAAAGAGAAAACCGCGAGUGAAUGUUGCUUCUCAAGCUUCGAUCGCGCUUAUAUAUAACCCGCACGCGUAGUCGCGAGCUCUUGCACGCAAAACUACUCAACCUGUCAGGACAGGUGAGCGAUGGACGCGAUACCGGCUCUCUCGCGCGCAACUGCAACCAACAGGCAAACGACUAUGACGUCUCACGACUUACCUGUUGCGGCUACUAUCGCUUUCCUUUCGUGCUGUUCACUCCCCCUCAUUUAUUUUAUAUGGAACCAGUGUUGCGUUCUUGAAAUACAUUUUUCUUUCUUCUUUCUAAGCUGGAAAGCCUAAAUACAUAUACGGGUCAUCGCUUGGUCCUUCUUGAAUUCUAUGUGCGCCGACUACGUUUUCCCGAGUCUUCCACUCUCAUCUCAUUCCUUCUCGUUUGUGCAGCCUGAGUGGACACUUAGGGCGACAUGCUAAUGCAGCUUCUCUCCAGAGACCACUGUUUCGCCAGAGUCGGGGAUUUCAAAACACGUUCUAUUGCUUCUAUGCACUCUUGGCCACUCAUAUCGAAGCGGAGCAGCUGAGGCCGCUGAAAGUAGGCCUAGCUCAACCAGGCAGGACUGAUUCAGUUCCGCAUCUUCAAACCGCGUCCAAAAUCCACCUGGAUCGUUCUCGGAUACGAAAAGGGCUUAGAAUCCGAGCUUCGUUUCAGGAUUAGAUACAAACCCUGUUUUUACGGUGCUAUUGUGAGUCGGCCGAUGGCAUUUCUCCGCACCAAUCGUAGGAACUUCGUGUCAUGCUGCAAUUCAAAUUAUUGGGUAAUCCUGGUGACCUUUCCAACACCAAAAUUACUUGCAUCAAACACAGGAAUCGCAACUAUUCUUCAACUAUCGAGGUUCCGGUAGGCUAUUUGUUCAAAUAUCUAUUUGUAUUUCUUCUCGGUGAAAAAAACGUCGGUCAGAUGGGAGAAAGUGAAAUACUAAACGUACCUCCGUGAACUUAGCGCUUAAACUGCUGUAUCGAUGACGUUAUAAUCACUACACGAGCUCUGAGGUAUUUUCGCGCAUUUUGGUCUCUUUUAUUGCAAGAAAAUUUUCCCGGAAGUUUCUCAUUUUUCCCUCUAGGCUGAUAUCCAGGUACAAUGUAACCAUGCUUUUCUUUUAUUAGGAGCAGUAAUCUCUUGCAUGGUACCGACUUCACGUACAGCUGAUUCUAGAAUUCCAACGUGUCAGUGGUACACGCUUUUCUUUUUCAUAGUUUCUGGCUUACCAAUAAGCCUCCUCUCACGGUAACACCAGCCCAUUCGAAAUUCCAUAAGUGUUACCCGUCAGUCUAAAUCAACUGAUUGUUUCUUUAGUGUAUCUUCCCAAGACUGCAUAACACCGAGAAGACCACAGUGUUGGCUGUUGCCGGAAUAAUAUAGGGUAAAAAGACACUGAUUUCCAGUCGAAUCGUGGCUGCAGGAGAGAUGCAAAUUUCGCCCUGAGUGUCCGUUUUGGUAAGGGAGUCGACACAGUUAAAAAAAAUGAAGGAGAAACGGAAAAUAGAAACCUUUGCAAGCAAGCCUUUCCCCAAAGCACAACAACGCGCCGGAUGCAAUAUUGUGUCUUGCUACUUUUGGAAAAGGUAGCCAGACGCCACCUUCGUCAUGACUUCUUCGUGUAUUAAGGCCCACCUGCAUACCGGACGCGUUCGGUACAACUCUGCGCCGGCGGUUGAAGUGAAGGUCCAGCUACGCAACUCUCGCAAGGAUGUCGAUGUACGACGGCAUCGAACAACAAGCUUCGUACUGGCACGCGACUUGUCAGCCGCAUAUCAACCAAAGUACUAUAACCGCAAGUUUCAUCAAAAUGGAAAAAAAAAGUUUCUUGAUAAGAACGGCAUUGCAAAAUGGAUUCACAGGCGUUUCUACCGAUACAUUAAGUGUGGUCGUUGCAAUAAAAAAAAUUAAGUUGUUCGCGUUAAUUAGUCAUUCCCUCAGUUAAAAUUAAUCGGUUGACAUUCCUAACCUAAUCACCGUUAGAUCUUAUAGUUCUGGUAUUGAAGUGAAUUGGUUCUCAAGCCGCGUUCGUUUUACAAGAAAGCCUCAGGCGGGUGCAUGUUUCGAGGUACCCGCCCCGAAAUUGUGAGUCAGAAAUACCCUGGCAUUUCAAAUGAGCUUCUCCUUGAAAGAUUUCUUCGAGAGCUGCGGGACAAAGCUUUGUGAUGCACUAUAUAUUAUAACAUAAAGCGCAUUUGUCGGCGCAUUUUUGGACGAAUAUAUCUCGAAACUAGAGUUAAUCUGUGGAUUCCUACCAAGUCGGCAUUACUUGAUUGCCUGAGAGGUUUCAAAAUGCAAAAUCGCAUUCUGUGCAGCCACAUUUCUGAUUAGAAAGCUAACCAUUAACCUCAAACAAAUUGGAUGCUAAUUCUCCAAAGCAACCGCCGCUGGUGAAAAUGCAUCGCCGAAGAAAUCACCUAUUCGUAGUCACUUUAUCGUCUUGAGAAGAAAAUUCGCUCCUGUCAGCUGAAAUAUGUGCGUGGCAGGCUGCCAGCUAUGAACCAACAAGACGAAUUUCUGACGCUAGCCGCGAAGCCAGCACAGCUUAUCCGGUUUCAACUGCCAGAGCCUAGCGUACCGAACACGUGCGAGUAUAAGUGAGAUGUUUAUACUACGUUCAUAACUGCCUCUAAUAAUGCGCGUUCACCGCGCUCGCAUUUUGGGCGGUGAGCCCUCUAUCCGGCCUCCCAGUUCGUCUUUCUUUUAACUGUGCGGAUCUCUAACGUAACAGUUACAUGGUAUGCGUAACGCUUCCGGAUCGCGCUUUCAAUUUUUAAAAUUGAGAUAGCAAGAAAAGUACGGGAAGUCAAAGUGACAGCGACUCCCUAUAGCCACAUCGAUGUGCAGAUUACGACAAGCUUCACGCAUUCUGGAACCUUGCGGAAAGAGAGCCAGUCCGUGGUUGCCUCUCUCGAUGCGGCAGGGGAGUUCGCGUCCGUGGCUUUUGUCAUCCGAGGUUCCCCGCUAGACCUCUCACUUCACCCAGAAACAUGCAUUCAAAGAAUUCAGCAUGCAACGCAGCGCUUCUGAGAGCAGUUUAGUUUCCGUUAUGCAGAUGUUUGCGUUUGAUCCGGUGCCGCUUCUUGCACCUAACGUAAUGUGCGCUUGACCGCAGGAAAGCAGGCGGUAUUUAGAAGCGUUAUGGGCGCCUUUCUGCUCAAGUUUACAACGUUACAACAUAAGCUCUACUCUCGAACCAACGCCUAGAGAGAGAUUUGAAUAAAGGUGGCGUCGACGCGGGCGUUCCAGUCCAAGCAAUUCCGAGUGCACAUCACCAUGCAAGACGUUCGUUACACUUUCUUAGUUCUUCAAUCCCCCGCUUCCAGCUCCACAGGUCUUCCUCGCAAGCUUAGGUCCGUAACUCUUUUACGCAAAGUCAGGGGGCGCGCGGCUUGUCCAUGGUCAUUAUUACAUGUUGAGCAGUCUCUUUCGCUUGGUGCAAGUCUCCGACGUACGUCGCUCGUCCCUCGGAGGUGGUGCUCGUCUACGCAAUUUUCCUUUUUUUUUUUUUUAGAGACCGCGCAUCUGUGGUGCGUCUUAUUUUUGCUACGCAUUGCGCAAACGCAACAUGCAAACACCGCCACUCGGGUUUUAAGUAUAUGCAGCUUUCUAUAGUCGCCCCCGUGCCACCCGUUUGCUCGGCGAAAAGGAGUUGUGAUGAUGACGCCGUGUCUCCGGCUUUCACCGCACGUCUACGUGUUGUUCUGUCUGACUUUGUUCGUUAACCGCGGGCAGCCAGUCAUACGCGAAGAAAAGGAGACACGGAGAUAUAUAUGCACGGCAACUUCUCCGCGUUAUCCUUUCUUUUUUAUCGCUCCGUUUCAUGGCUUCCGAGUGGGCAUUCUCGUCGUGAAACGAAGGUUGCGUCGCCUCUAUAACCGCCAUCAACCUCCCCCCCCCCCCCCCUUUCCCUGCAUCGCUAUCUCGACGGAAGAUCACAAACGCAAAAUGACAAAAGAAGAACAAACGCGAUUAAAAAAAAAUGUGUCUAGGCAGAAGAAGGCAUCUUGGUCGCUCUCUCGCAAAACCGCCGAAUGGCGUCGUCCUGCAGAAGCCGGAAGCUGGGCGGGGAAAGAGAGAAAACCCCGCCUCCCGGCCAACGAGGAUGACCCUAUACUGGAAGAAGUUCCACGUGUUCCAGCUCUGCGCAUCUCUUUGCUAUCUGUCGCUACCAGCCAUGUGUGUGUGUUUACCAGCACGUCACAACAGUGCGUGUGUGUGUGAGCUUGGCGACGGUGUGCUCGCAGUGAAAAAAAAAAUUUUUUUUUUUUCGGAGACUGCUCCGCGCCAGUUCCCACCCGCCAAAAGAAGGACGUGGAACCCAAAAAUGUGGUGAUAAACUCUUCGGCAGCGCCGUGUGAAAAACGGUGCAGCAGACUUUUUCUCCUUCUCUCUCUCGCUCCUACUUUAGAGACAAAACAAAAGAACCGAUGCGAGCACUGUGUGUUCGCCUGGUGUGUGUAAAAAAAAAACUUCGGUGUGUUUGUUGUGUUCUUGUUUUUCCAGACUGUUGACGAAUCCUCUCCUAUAGUGAAAGAAAGAAAAAUCAAGACUAGAGCACGUCGGUGACGAAGGGAUGAGAAAAAAAAAAUGAGAGAAAACAAAUUGUAAGUUACGUGGUGGCAAUCAUGCCCAUCUCUUCUUUUUCGUUUGUUCUUCUUUUUCUUUUUCUCUUUUCGAUCGUGGCUUUCUUGCUUCUUUAGUGCCAUGCUUGCAAUAUGCGACGCUGAACGUUACUGUUCCUUGUGAAGCGUUCAAGCUAAUUAAACAUUCAAGGAAACUUUUUGAAACAAUAUCCAAUAGUUUUAUUUCACUAAUGCGAUCUUAUUUCAUAGCGAGGUCGCAGCACCUGGUGCAUCUUUCAAGUACUUACAAUCGCUUUGAACCGUCAAAAGCUGCCUGCAAGGAACGGCAACGUUCUGCUCAAAAAUGUCCCCGGCAACAUUUUUUUUUUCUUCCCGAAUCUGCCAACGCGCUUAUUGUUCCCAGAGUUAUUUUCACGUGUUACCAUGUGUUAUUUGCCUACAAGGUGUUGCCUUGCUUCAGUGAUUUUGACAUUUUAUGCAAGAUCCAGGCGUCUCCAUUUCGAUCUCUCUGUCUCUCUCUCUCUCUCUCUCUCUAGCUCUCUCUCUCCGAAAACUUUGUCAAGGUCGUUGUUGUUACUGUUUACCGCGAUCAGCUUGCGCAGUGCUCACUAACGAAACAGUGUGUCUCUCGAUCGAAAAAAAAAAACGAUAUUCUCGUCUUAGACUUAAAAAAAAACGCACGCAGCACUUUCUCUUUACCAAGCAUGUACUCUUAUCGUCGAUUAACGUUCUCCCAGAAUUCACGUCUUAUAAACAGAGCUCACUGUUUUCGGUGUUUAACGGUAAGGAGACGGGCCACGGGUAGCAGGGUGGGGUGUAAUGAGGUUCACGUAUAGGUUGCCUAGUAUGUUGUUACGUCUAUGUUUUUUUGUUUUGUUUUUUUCCUCCGGGCAAUACUUGCUUCAUACGGAUCUGUGGCGUCCAUUUGGACGCCAGAUGCUUCUGCAAUCAUUCAGGCUCCCCGAAAACGCUCGCACUAGUCGCCCACCAAGCACUCGAAGGCGUCUUUACGUGCACUGUGUACAUGAUUCGUCGUCGAUUCCUUUGCAACACUACCCUCUCUAACACACACAGUGGCCCAGCAUGUCCGUCGUAGAAUGGUGCUCACAUUUCGUGCCAACUUACACUCAAGCGGCUUCGCGUGUCAAAAAAAAUUACACGUAGGUUUAAGAAAAGACGCGCCACCCGCCAUAUCGCAGCCAUGCCGCCUACGCGAGCAUUAGGGCUCGUUCUUCUUAGCCGUGUGAGACCGAACACUGGAAGCUCUGCUUGCAAGCCGGUGACUAUUCAGGCACUCUUUUUUACGCCACGCGCGCGCGAGUUGAGAGAGGCGAACAAACACACCCGCCGGCAGAAACUGUACGCCGUAGUGCGGCUUCUCUUUCGUCCAGUGUUCACGGGUCGUCUUCUCCAAGUCCUGAAAGUGGCCGAUAGUGCUCAGAAAAUUUCGCCCCCCUCACCCCCACCCCCGCUUUCCGUCGUCUGUAUCUCUAAUGAACUUCUUCAGAGACAGUGAGAGAAAAGAAGAGAAAAAUAAAACGAAUAAUCAUCACUCGACGUUUCACGCGACAUAUUAAUGAGAGACGCAGCUAAUGUCAGUGAGCCUGCCGUCGACGGCACUAGGUAGACCACCACCCACUUAGAGUUUCGGUGUAGGUUUUAGCGCUCACAAAGAAGAAGCGACUCGUUUGCCCCUGGGGGCACGGCCUCCGAAAUUUGGCCGGCGCGUGCUGACUCCGCGUGCCUCCGGAUCUCUGAGGCCAUGCCAGGGGGGCGACGUCUUGCAGGCCGACAACACGUGGCGGCGCGCGGUGACCACGAAACUUGCGUCACAACACAAAUCGUCUUGAACCGCUGCCGGCGUACGCCUUAUAAUUUCGCAGCCACUGUUUGUAGGCAGCGGCCAUAUGGUAAACGAUAUUUUGCGCUCCCUUCGAUAGGCAGUCCUGUAAAUCUUCGGACGCAUCCCACGAAAAAAAGGUUGUGACCACGUCGGCCUUCGAGCAGACGACCCUGGAUCGCCAGUCAUCGGUGACGACGGACCUUAGAUUUGGUUGUGUCCAACAGCGUGUUUUCGUAGCCGUCUAUACUGGUGGACAUAGGUUGCGUAGGGCAGUGUCGAAUUGGGCGCUCGCUCGCACAGCUCCCUCCCCCUUUUAUUCCGAGGUCGCGCAGUUGCGUCAACAUGUUUUGUGUUUGCUUAGCAGAGUGCAACGCUGUCUCUACGUUUCUGGUUGCGCGUCUAUGUGGUGCUUCGUUCCGCAUGUCUGCAUGGAAAUGUCGGAAACUAUAAAGUUUCGUUUGACUCCUUAAGUUCGCUCCGGCAAAGCUGUUACGCGAAAUCCAAAAUUCGCAAUCCUACAUCGCCCACUGGUUCAGCCAGCCAAGCCGUUGUCCAUGAGAGAAAUGUAUACUACGUGUUUCUGAGCCCUAGUUAAACGUCUUCACGGCGCGUCGUAGAACCUGUCUGCUUAGAGCUAGCGUCACAAUGUAAGAAAGGCUGCUGGACGCAAAAGUUACUUACAUUUGGCCGACCUACUCGCAGAGAGCUCUCUGGAAAGCCACCUAUGAGUAGUGCUAUGCAGCAAAGCAUUUUUGUUCGGGAGUUCUUAGUGAUGCCAGCCAGGAAAAAAAAAACAAUGUCGAAGUUCAGGGGAAGAAGCCGUUGUGAAAACUUGCUGUGAGAAAAGUCGUCAUUUCUUCGUGUGCCUAGGAUACUUACGAGCUUUAGAAAGUAAGAAUGUUCAAAUACAUAUUUGUGUCGUCGUUUUUAUGCUUGGCUUGAAGACAACAAGAACAUUGACAUAAAAAUGUGAACAUUUAGGGUUAGAUCUGCUGUGCCGUUAAGUUUCUCUCUUCUCUUUUUUUUUUUUUUUUUUUUUUGUCGCAGUAUUUACGGUUAUUUCAAGGACAAUUGUGUUUCCAAAUUAUGUGGCAUGCUGUCGCGAUCCAACUACACUUUCUGCAGACUUUUAUUUUUGCUAGCGUGGUGUUCUUUCACCCUUGUAUAUCCCAGUCUAGCCUUGCUCUGUCUACUUUGCAACGUUGAACAACAGGCCUUUAUUGCAGGUGGCGCUCAGUACCUGUCGGAAACCUUUCGUCACACUCUCUGAGAAACAUUAGUCAUUUAUCGCCUCAAUAUUCCCGUAUCCAGAGUCGCACGAGCGCCAUUCAGUGUAGGAGCUCAGAUAACCGUCGCUCGUCCCGUGUAGGCUCGUAACAAAACGUGGGGCGGCGGUCAACACGUAGCGUCUACUCUUUUUUUCUGACGCGAGCGGUUAUACCGACACAAAGUAUACUCGCAGACUUCGUAGUUAAUCUCUAGAUUUCAAAACAUAUCGAAUCACUUUUUGAGCGAUGAACGAUCGAGGCCCAUAUCAGUUGCCACCAGUGAUGCCAACCCAAGUGAUUUUGACUGUGUGUCUAACAAUGGCCGUGAGAUUUGCUUUAUUAUUAUUAUUGCUUUUCGACAUUUGGACGCCUCUUCGCCUAUUUUUCUGGCAUAUUGCUGAACAACAAUAAUUUAAUGUAAGCAGUGAAUGCGCAUUCAUACGUUGGUCGAGGGAAAUUAUUAUACGAGACUCGGUACCCAAUCAGCGCUGUAGGCGAGGCCAUUAUUGGCCGAGGUUUGUUGUAGAAUGUUAGGUCAACUUGACCCAACAUUGGCCUACGCCUAAUGUAAGGCCAAUGUGGCCCAACAAUGGAUUUAUCUUGGCUUGGCUUCCUAUGCUGCUAAGAUAGCUGCUCGGCAAAGUAAAAUUUAUAACUUCAACAGUGCGGCUGCACGACGUUAUGGCCUGUUGCACCGGUCAUCAGGACGAGACCUGUAUGUGGUAAAUACAGUGCGGUAUGUGGUCAACGCCAACGGUAUGUGGUGCAGCUCUGAUUAAGGGAUCCGAAACGGGAGGUGCUAUAGUAGAAUAACAACUCGCCGAAUACAAAGCCACGAACUGUUUUCUACGAAGCAUGCAUUACAUGCUGCGAGACUAGACACCAGAGGUUGGCAACACUGGUUACCACAGGACAUUGCGGGCGUAGUCGAAACGCAGCGCCACCUUGCUGAAAAGCAAGAGAAAGCGUCGGUUAUGUUUCCGCUCGAUCCGUGAGGACUGAGGCGAGAGACGCGGCGCUCUAUUCAUAGUUGUGUGCCUCGGAAGUGUGUAUUCGGUGCAUCCCGUAUAAGCCUAGCAUAGCCGGUCGCCAUCUUCGACAGGUGCCACUGCAGCAUGACGAGCAAAGUACUGGAUAAUUUUGCGACGCAUUUUCGCGUGAUUCUCUCAAGCUAUAGUGAAGGCAGUCAUCGGUUCGAUGUCUUGAGUUUUAGAGGAAGAAAGUUUCUGUGAGACGUUGCGUGUUUCUUUUUAUUAUCUUUUUUUUAUAGAGUGGUGGAUAUGGCAAUUCUUUGUUUGCCCUCGCUACGAACAGCAGACGCGUGUUGAUUAGCUUAAAACUGCGCAGGCGCGAUGUUGCUUUAGCGAGUCGACUGUACGUCUGGAUGGUGUCGCAAGAAAGUUUAGGGUAAACGUUGUUUGUUCAACGUGCACAGUCAUAGUGCCUACGUCCCGUCUGCAUCGUUCGUGCUGUCGCCCCAGAAAGGUGUUAUCGCGAGUUCCGAGCUGUAGGCGCGCCGCGUGAGUCAUACCUGGAGCACUUCGACCAGUCCGUGAUCGUGAUCGCUCUUUUUACUGUCUGGUUGAGAAAAUGAAAGAAAAAUUAAAUAAAGCGAAAUUUUCCGUACCUAAAUUCAUUACUCAAUCAAGUUGCGCACCAUGUCGCCGUUUAGUUCCCGGGCUUUGUGGUGAAAAGGAUGUAUAGGGAAGCAAGGCUGCACAUAGCGGUGUUGCACAUUUCUUUGUGUCCGUGAAACUUUGCCGGAAUUUACAUAUGGUCGGCGGAUCCAAAAGGUGUCUGUUUCGUCCGAGCUCCACGCUUUACGUGUACCUACAAUUCGACACGAACCCGAACAUUAACGAAUCAGCGGAUUCUUCGGAUUGAAUUGCUCCGCCAGAUUGUUUUAUUUUCUCCUUCCUUCCUUUUUUUUUCGCGAUUUUUAAAAUGAGCAGAAAGUUCUUGACGCACUUCAGCGUGACCAGGCCUAUCGGGUAUCGGGUAGCGCGAUAGUUUUAAGUAUAGAGCAUGCAGAUGUCAGAGGUUGUAACGCCUACAAAGUGCUAGUUAGCUGUUAACUAGUCGUACGUGUAUACUCAGACGUAUUUCUACACGGAGACGAAUAAAAAAAAAAGAAGAGAACAGACAAGCUACACUUGGCUGUCGCCACUAAAUGCUGGAGCGUUUCCUUUUUUAGAUGCCUUUAUACACUAUUCGUUUUGAUCGUUCUUCGGGAUGAGGUCUAAAUAGCCACGAUGAUCGUGUAGCCAGGUGCGACUAGAGAAUUCGUAAUACCGUUUGUAUGUUCGGUAGUAUAGAAGCCUAGACUACCUAGCUCGUAUUCGUUCACCCUCCCCAAUAUCCCAACAUUUUUUUCCUGUUUGGUUUUUUUAAUCAAAACACCAAGGCUGUUCGACACACGCUCUUUGUACAGGCCAUGGUUUUCCUUACCGACUGUCCACGGGACGCUCGCGUCCAUACCAGGCACACUUCUUUCGGGGGAGUACUUCAGGCUUAGUAGUAGUGAGUACAUUACUAAUAAGCUCCAGGUUCGUCUAUGUUAUACCUUCAGGGCGGGCCAGCUGGAGCACUGGGCGGUUUCGACCGCCGUCUUGGUUGUGUAGAGCGAGUGAAAGAAGAGUAAGAACGUCCGUGGACAGGCUGCAAGUGUUACCAGGCCGCUUUAGUGUACAUAGCCAAACUGACGCCAACGAUCCGUUUCAGGAUCACCUUCGCUACAUGCGCGUGGCCUGUAAAGAAUGUCAGCACAGGUGCCGAGAUCGUCUAGCUGCGUGUCGUUUUUGACGUGUCCGCGGAACCCAUUCCGUGCAACCAAGCAAAGCAAACGCUAUUCCCAAAACCAUGUGCAAAAGAAACCCCCCGUACUCAAAACAAGCCUCGACUCCAACCCCCAUGCUCGACACCCCCACGGGGAUAGCACGGCUUCUACGCUGUAGUAGCCUCUACGUUUCAGCAAUGUACGUUUGUGAUCGCUGAACUGUAAUCCUGGCACUUUCAGUGUCUACUCGAAGGUAAUGAAACGUUUCACAAGCGGGUCAUCACUGUGGCGAUCGCCAGUGAGGGUUAAUGAAGCGCAGCAACUGAUUCAGUCGCAGGGUGACGCUGCCUUUCGUUACGUGGUGUUGAGGAAGAGGUCUGAGUCGAGGCAGGUUUUUGAGUGCUAUAGUAAGUCAAAAUCAAUGCGGUAAAGCGUUGCAGUGCUGCGGACGCUUACCUUGCGGAUGCUUGUGCAAUUCAGUGUCCUAAAAAUGACAUUCAGGAUGUGUCAGCUCAAUUCAAUGUUUCUUUCGCUCAUCUGCUAAGGUGUCUCACUGUGUCUUCAUUGCGUUCUUUUUUUAUUUAUUUUUUCUAGUUCAAAACGCUAGGCCUGCCACCGCGUAAAAUGGUUUUGUGUGCCUCCGUGAAGUCGAACGUUCCGAGUGCAGAUAUUAAUUGUUCAGCUCCCAGCUGUCAAGUGUGUACCGCGUUUUGAUGAUCGUCGGCCGAGUGCGUAUGCAGGAGUCCAUGGCAACCAGAGUUUGGGAACAAGUUCGCUUGCUUGAGCGCCAGACCAGAAGGAUACGUCUUCUAUGAGAGUCACGAUUGAGGUUGUUACGAGGGGAGGUUUCUUUUUUCUUCAUUUCUUUUUUGGACCGAGUGUUGUACAAGGUUGUAAGAUGUACGCGUGGCCGCGGCACAGUUAUAUUAAUAUUUUCUAAGGCUGGUCUGCAGGAGCACCAAUUUCAGUGUUAGUAACGCUACAUAAAGGGGAUUCACAGGUCACCUCGGAAUAUCGCCUGUGUCGCCUGAUAUCCAACAUUUUGAGAUCAUCGGAUCAGUUUAACUAUAGCAAUGUACAAAUACAAAAAGGUUCUGAUUUUUUUUAACUUUCUCUCUCUCUCUCUCUGUCGCUUUGACUGCCUUGAUAAGAUUAUCGUGCCCGCGGCCAAUAGCCGAAAUGCUGCUGGUCAGGAAAAGGUUCGCCGAAGAACAACGAGCACGUACGCAGGGCACGCGAACGUUACGAUUCGUUCGAACGUGAGGUCAAGCACGCGAUGCGCGUUUACAACAGCUAACUCGCUUUCCCACUUUGAGAAGGAACUCGGCACACGCACGGCUUUCGUGGUCGGAACGGCAGGACGCGCAUCAUACGUGGAUGGCAUCGCGGCGCCAGCGAAUUCAACGGCAAAGUCGUUUCCCCCCCCGAAUGAGUGGCGCAAGCCGCCCCGCGCACUACCCUUGUUCUCCCACAGCGCCGAUAGAAGGCGCUAGUUGCCAGGAGGACCCACUCGUUACAAGCACGGAUCAGUCUAGGCGCAUACGUCGUCGUGCUGUUUCGUGUGAUAGCCGGUAGAGGGCCGUGAGCUCUGUGCAAUCUCUAUCUAGGUCCACACACUGGCUUCCCCUAUCUCGGCUGGAACCCAUAGUGUGCGGGGUCCCAAUUACAACGUCGAGUUCUUUUUUUUUUUUUUUUUUUUGCGCACCACGAGUCGGUGGAGUAGCAGCUCCGCUAAGAAUAAUUCGUGUAUAAUUUUUUUUUUUAUUCAAAGCACGAACGGUUUGAAGGCGCGCUACGAAUCGUCGUGAAUGGCCGUAGGUCGCUGCGAUCUCACGCUAGGAUGACGCAGAAAGCGGGAAGGCUGCGCGACGCAUCCGCUUAAGUUUCCAAAUCCCAUAAUACUUGUUUUCUUUGCGUGCGCGUACGUUUUCGCGGUGCCCUCCAAGAUGCGCCUGUGAUACAAGUUUAAAACGAAACAGUCUUUUGUUUUUUCUAUUUUGUCAGAUUAUAGCCGCAACUUAAGAUUGUGAUAUGCAAUAACAUACCACCGCUUGUACGCGCUCUUUAGGUGAAAUUCUUAAGACGGUCUUGACUUAACGGGAUACGAGUAAUCACAAUAGGUUCGAAAGCACUUUUAAACUUGCUCUUCGUUAAUACGAAUACCAUGCACGGUGUACAGGAAUUACGCUCGCGUAUUAGUUUGAGAAAAAAAAAUACAUAUAUUGUCAGAACAGGCAGUAUAAAAUUUUCGAAGCAGGCUGUAUAGGGCGAAUUAGGCGGCCAGCACAGCUCAUGUGGAAACAGCGUUCUGGUGUUGGUGCUCUGAUUCGCUUUAGCGCCCAGCAAGCCCACCGCUUCAACACUCCCUCACGAGAUGCAACAAAAAAUAAAUAAGUAAAUAGAUAAAUGGCCAGCCACUGCGACGCCGUAAUCUAUCAGCGAGGGCAGCCGUAAACAACAAGCCUAAGACCGUUCAACACCAUGUUCAUUUUCUGACGCAGAAGCGGUUUAUUUAUCUCUUGCUUCUUUUUCUUUUUUGUUUAUCUUUUUAGGGGUUUCCCACUGUCCCCAAGUUUCGUUCAUUCUAAGAAAACAAAAAUCAUUGUAACAAACUAUUAGCGAAGAGCUGACUUUAAAAGAAUUAUAGGGGAUAUUUAAAGAAACGAGGACCAAUCAAGGUUCUUUUCGCUGAGACCUAUACCAGUUUUUCUGCCUUUGCCGCUGUGUAGCGGAACAAAAUCCUGCGCCCCACAUGAUCCCUAUGCUUAUAUACGUAUUCCGUUUCCUCACUGCCGCUUGGUGCCCCUACCUUCUUUCUUUUCACCGUCGGAGUGCGUAAAAAAAACGUAAUGUCACCAACGACGCAAGUUUGAAUCGUUGGUGCUCCUUCGUAGAUUGGCAGACUGUAAAUACGACAAAAGUAUAUUGAAAAUACUCAUUAAACGUGCAUAGAUUACGCCUGCAUCGGCUCUGAAAUCGAAUAGUCUGACGCGAACGUUUUGUUAUCGCUUCCUUCCUCCUUAUCUUUCUUUUUUCUUUUUUGAUGUGCGCAAAGAAAUAAAGCUUUCUCACCGAACUGCAAUGUACAUAUGUAUCUAACGAAUCACGCGGCUCGUCUGGAUGACGUAAGUGUGUGUCCGACUCAGUUUUCUUGUCAAUCACGGCCGGAUCCGUAGUUUCCAUACAAAACGUGAUUGCGGCGGGAUGCCCGUAAUAAGACCCUGUGCAUGGGAGAGCCUCGAACGGUGGUGGUGCCUCUUUAAAAGGAGAUCAUGCGCCCCCGGACAUCCGUGUUUACAUAAACUAAGCAAUCUCUUCGGAAUGUGAUCAGAUUUUUGGUCUCGCCUCGCCUGCGUGCUCGUUGGCGGAAGCUGUGUCUCUGCUCAAAAGAAGAGGCAAAAGACAAGAGCAAAAAAAAAAAUUGGCUCUGGCGCCUACACACUAAGCGAUCAGCCGCAAGAAGCGUAUUUCGGUCGUUGUUUCUUGGCGUUGCAUUACAGCGUUCACGUAGCGCUCGCCUGACGACCGCUCUUUCUCUCAUGUGGGCCGAAGCGCUUCCUAUGUGGUUACCGACUACGAAGGAAACCACACGGCACGUACUACGGCCGCGGUUGUCGGCCGGCGCGUGCGGUGGACGCGCCGACGCGACGCGACGCCCGAAACACGUCGGAAAUACGACUCCUUGUGGUUGACGCUGCGCGUCGUCGCUGCCGACGGUCGCGGCGCCUGGAGCCAUUUUUUUUGUACGUCCCCGUCGCUGUCUCGUCCGGUCGGUGUGCACCGGCCGCGCCUCACGAAUGCAAUACGACCACCGCGUUCCUGCGGUUUUUCACGCGGGCCUCGCAAGUGUUGUUCCUUCUUGUUAUCUUCUAUGUUGUGUGGAAACCGAGAGAGACAUCUUUUCCAUUCAUGAUGUGAUGUCCCACAAACUUUCCUCGCCCCCCGUUUCAAUCAUUAAGGUAAGCAUUUAAUAAACUGCCUGGCUUACGAA